UGCGAGUUCCUUCCAAGAUCCUUCUUGCCCAUUAAGUUGACUUUUGACUCCAUACACCAAAGACUACGUUUUCCCUAACACAACCAUAGAUUUAGAUGCUGAACUAGAGGAGUAAGGAAAGCAGAGUGAAAAUGGAGAUCAACAAUAACAAAAUUCUAAUGAGAGAAAAGCUAGACUUCUUUGGAAUAAUCAAAGAAACCAUCAAAUUACCUUUCAGAAUUCCCACCUUCAUCAUCUUUUUUCUCACUGCUCUCUUUCCUUUUUUCUGCUUCUUCCUUUUGCAUGAGAUAAUUUUCCAGCACAACUUGAUUCAAGCUCUCAAAUUCAUGUCCAACGAUUCUCCUUGCUACGAAUUUGAUUUAACGUCGUGCUAUUCCAGGUCAACCUUUCAUGCCAUCCGAGAAUUGAUUGGAAAAAUUUCAGCAAAAAAUCUCAUUUCAUUUCUCUCGUUCUUGGGUCUUGUUCAUCUUGUCGACCUACUUAACACCAUCAUCACAGUUUCUACAGCUUCAGAGAUUUACUUAAAAGAUGAGAAUGAAUCAACGAGUUUGAAGGGCAUAAUCAGGAAAACGAUAAACAAGUGGACUGCGAUAUGGAAUAUGGGGCUGGUAAUUUCGAUCCUGGAGGAGAAUAAACACGGCGAUGUGGCGCUUGGAGUCUCUGCAUAUCUGAGUAGAGGCAGCAAAAGCGAGGACUUGUGCUACAGUUUAUGUUCUCGGGUUGGAGUUUUGGGUUAA